CGGGCGGCUGCUUACACGGUGCCUGGGUCACCUAGAGGAACUCGGUUGCUGCGGGUGCUGACGCCGGCGUGUGGAGUAUGUCCUCUCGAGGGCAGCCGCAGCUCCCGGCUGACGACCCCCCCUGGACGAUGCAUCUCCUGCCUGCGACUCGGGGACUGCUGCGGCUGGACCCGAGCGGCGGCGCGCUGCUGCUGCUGUGCGGCCUCAUCGCGCUGCUGGGCUGGAGCUGGGUGCGGUGGCACCGGGCGCGGGAUAUCCCCCCGGGUCCCACGCCCUGGCCCCUGGUGGGCAACUUUGGCCACGUGUUACUGCCGCCCUUCCUGCGGCGACAGGGCUGGGUGAGCCACACUGCGAAGGCCGCAGGGAUGGACCCCACGACCCAGGCCCCGCAGGUGAUCCUGGCAAAACUGGCUCGAGUGUACGGCAACAUCUUCAGUUUCUUCAUCGGCCACUACCUGGUGGUGGUGCUCAACGACUUCCAGAGCGUGCGAGAGGCGUUGGUACAGCAGGCGGAGGUCUUCAGCGACCGCCCGAGGGUGCCCCUCAUUUCCAUGUUAACCAAGGAGAAGGGGAUUGUUUUCGCACCUUAUGGCCCAGUCUGGAGACAACAGAGGAAGUUCUCUCAUUCCACUCUUCGCCAUUUUGGCUUGGGAAAGCUUAGCUUGGAGCCCAAGAUUAUUGAGGAGUUCAAGUAUGUGAAGGAGGAAAUGCAAAAGCAGGGAGAAAAUCCCUUCAGCCCUUUCCCCAUCCUCAGCAACGCCGUCUCUAACAUCAUCUGCUCCUUGUGCUUUGGACGUCGCUUUGAUUAUACCAACAGUGAGUUUAAGAGGAUGCUAGAUUUCAUGUCCCGAGGGUUAGAAAUCUGCCUCAACAGCCAGCUCCUCCUGAUCAACAUAUKCCCCUGGCUGUAUUACCUUCCCUUUGGACCAUAUAAGGAAUUAAGACUAAUUGAAAAGGAUAUAACCACUUUCCUUAAACAGAUCAUCAAAGACCAUCAAGAGUCUCUGGAUGGUGAGAACCCUCAGGACUUCAUAGACAUGUACCUUCUGCACAUGGAGGAAGAGAGGAAAAAUAACAGCCACAGUAGUUUUAAUGAAGACUACUUAUUCUAUAUCAUCGGGGAUCUUUUUAUUGCUGGGACAGAUACCACAACAAACUCUCUGCUGUGGUGCCUGCUGUACAUGUCAUUGAACCCUGAUGUACAAGAAAAGGUUCAUGAAGAAAUUGAAAGGGUCAUUGGUCCCGACCGACCUCCUUCCCUCACAGACAAGGCCCAGAUGCCCUACACAGAAGCCACCAUCAUGGAGGUGCAGAGGCUAACCGUGGUGGUGCCACUCGCCAUUCCUCACAUGACCUCAGAGAAAACAGUGCUCCAAGGGUACACCAUUCCUAAAGGAACAUUGAUCUUACCCAAUUUAUGGUCAGUACACAGAGACCCAACCAUUUGGGAGAAACCAGAAGACUUCUACCCAGAUCGAUUUCUGGAUGACCAAGGACAACUUUUAAAAAAAGAAUUUUUUAUUCCAUUUGGGAUAGGGAAGCGGGUGUGUAUGGGAGAGCAGCUGGCAAAGAUGGAACUAUUCCUCAUGUUUGUGAGCCUGAUGCAGACUUUCACAUUUGCUUUACCUAAGGAUUCUAAGAAGCCCAACCUGACUGGAAGAUUUGGUCUAACGUUAGCUCCUUAUCCAUUUAAUAUAAUCAUUUCGAAGAGAUGAAGCACAAAGAUACCUAAAAAAGAGAAGGUAAACAGAUACCUAAAUAUGUGUUCUUCUAAAUGUGACUACUGCAAUUGACAGUGGGUCCAGCACCUUAGCGGAUCCAGGUUAGGCUCAGAUAAGAGAACAAUAGCUGGAGAGAGGUUAGAGCUCCUGGGAGCUUCCAUCUUGGAGGAUUCCUCAGCAGGAUACUUUAGUAACACAUGUAUCUAAUUUACCAAAGUACCCGAUCAGGAAGCAGGAACUCCGGAUUUUAGUUGUCAUGGCAUCCACCAAUGAAUAUAUCUUCUCAUCCCUCAGUGCCUCCAUCACGUUACAAUGAAGGUAGCAACACUUGCCUUCUCUCUACCUCUCAGCACUAAGGAAGGUCAAAUGCCUCAUAUCUUUUCCAAUUUGACCAAAAGUCUAGAGAUGAAAAUAAGAGGUAGAAGAUCUACCUCCCAACUUUUUAAGAUCUCCAACAAUAUGAAAGUGGCGUCCAGCCUUGGACACUGUCAUCAGAAUGGAUGUGGGGUAGGUUAGAGUCCUCUCCUGUUCUCCCUGCCACCAGGCUCUCUAUGGCUGAUCCUUGAAUACUCUCA